AUGGUAAACCUUACACAAAUUCAGCGUGAUCUCAUAUCUGCGAACCACAUCUUGCACUUCACGUCGGUUCUUGACGCCUAUGGCCACAUUUCUGCUAGGCAUCCGAUCGACGCAUCGACCUACCUCAUGUCUGCCAACAUGGCACCGGCACUCGUCAGCAAUGCAAGCAAUCUUGUUCAAUAUCGUGUGAAUGACUCUAUGGCUGUUGAUCCUGAUGCUCCCAAGGGCUACAUUGAGCGAUAUAUCCAUGGCGAGAUGUACAAGCGUUAUCCAGAUAUCGCCUGUGUGGUUCACAGCCACAGCGAGGAUGUUCUCCCCUACGCUAUCGCCGGAGUUCCGCUAAGGGCUGUGUACCACAUGGCAGGCUUUCUCGGUUCUGAUCCCGCGCCGCUGUACGACGUCGAGAACUCCUAUAAUGCGACCGAGCCGCACGACUUGUUGAUUCGCACCCCGAAACUUGGAGAAGAUCUAGCCAAGACAUUCCUGACAAAGACAAAUGAGUCUGCCGACCCCCCAGUCUCGAUGCCGGAUUACAAUGUUGUGCUGAUGCGCCGCCACGGCUUCACCACUGCUGCUCUUGAUAUCCAGACCGCGGUUUUUCAGGCCAUCUUCACUCAGUCCAAUGCCAAAGCACAGACUACGGCAAUGUUGUUGAGAGGCGCAUUUGAUGGGUUUCCUGGAAAUGAAGCCAGCGCAUGGACCGGCGCAACUGGAAAUGAUGGGAUAGGUGCUUUCGAGCCCUUAACUGCUCAGCAAGCACAGGACUGUGAAGUGUCCAUUGGGGCAACUUCAGAUCGGCCGUGGGGUCUGUGGCUGAAGGAGGUCGAAAACGACAGUUUGUAUACCAAUAACGUCUAA